AUGGCUUCCAACAAGAGACAGCUUGCGCUUUUUUCAGCCUUGAAUGCAGUUCUCGUGAGUUCUUCAACGUUGUUACAACUACUAAGUAUUUUGGUAUUGAAAUUUUUACAAGAACAGAGGAGGCUCAACAAUUUGAGAUAUCAAGCAGUUAUGGAGAGAAAUACAGCAUUGUCGAGGUACAGACGUGCAAGGUUGAGAUAUGUUAGAAGCAAUAGAAAAUGCUGGAUUAAACCUGGAAGAACUGAUAAAUGGUGGGAUAACUUGCACAUUGUUGGUAACAUGUGUGACGAUACUUGGUUACAAAACUUCAGAAUGACAAAACAACAAUUUAUGAAACUUGUCGAAUUAAUUAGACCUUACGCAAAGGAAAGGUCUUCACAAGUCCGCAAAGACGUAAUUCCGCUAGAAAAACGACUAGCUAUUACGCUUUAUUACUUGAAGGACCAAGGUUCUCUUUUGAUGAUUGGCAAUACAUUUGGCAUAGCAAAAAGUACGACAAGUGUUGUUGUACAUGAAAUAUGUGGCAUAUUAGCGAAAGAUAUCGCUUCUUUGUUGAUAAAAUUCCCAGUGGAAAAGGCUGAUGUGGAAAAGAUUUCCAGUAACUUCCUAAAACGAUUUGGAUUCCCUCAGGUGAUUGGUUGUGUUGAUGGCACACACAUCCCAAUAAAACAACCCUCAGAAAACUCUCAUGAUUACUUUUCCUACAAGAUGUAUUACUCGAUCAAUUGUCAAGCAAUAUGCGAUGCGAACGGACAAUUCACGAAUGUCGAAAUUAAAUGGCCAGGCAGUGUUCAUGAUGCUAGAGUUUUUGCUAACUGCACGGUUCAGGAAAAGUAUCUUAAUGGAGAGUUUAAAUUAUUUUACAAGGAGAUCGUAGAGGAUGGUGAAUCCGUGCCACAGUUGCUUUUGGGAGAUCCUGCAUACCCUCUUUUACCACAUGUGAUGAAGGAGUUCGAUCAUUGCAUAUCGAAUGAACAAGUCAUAUUCAAUCAAAUGUUACGCUCCGCCCGUAACCAAAGUCCUUAA